UACAGGCCAGUUCCUCAGUUUGCGUUCUUCCUGUCCCCGUUCAUCUCUACUUUCUGAGAUCCAAUGUUCUGAUAGGGUACUGAGCCAGGAAAGCCACUCGCUUCAGACCCACUGGCAACUUUCUUUUCUCCAAAUCUAAGCUGAGUGUUUGACCCCCUGCACCAGUGCGUUCCCUGUGCGGAGGCGCCAGCUGAGUUCCUGACCCCUGAAUGAAUCAGGGCGGCACCAAGCCUGGCAGAGCUCUGGACACAUUUCCUGUCGCGGCCUAGGGGAAGCUGUUGGUCAAGAGAUUCUACUGGGGAUUUUUGGUGGGUUGGAGGAUGAGGGUUCAGGGGAGGGGAGAGGAGGACACACUUGGGUCGGGGAGCGGGCUGUAAAGGGCAGGCCAGACCGAAGUUGGGAGCCGCAGAGCUCAUAGGGCGUCCAGGAGUGCACGAUGAGGCCGGCGCUCGCCCUGUGCCUCCUCUGUCCCGCGCUCUGGCCCAGGCCGGGAAGUGGCGAGCAUCCCACCGCCGAUCGCGCUGGUUGUUGGGCGUCGGGGGCCUGCUACAGCCUGCACCACGCCAGCAUCAAGCGCCUGGGGGCCGAGGAGGCCUGCAGCCUAAGGGGCGGGACUCUCAGCACUGUGCACCCGGGUGCCGAGCAGCUCGCAGUGCUCGGUCUCCUGCGGGCAGGCCCGGGGCCGGUUGGCAGCCCCAAGGACCUUCUGUUCUGGGUGGCUUUGGAGCGCGGCCGUUCCAACUGCACCAUGGAGAACGAUCCGUUGCGGGGUUUCACCUGGCUGUCCCCCUACGCCGGCGAGUCCAAAGGCGACACGCUACCGUGGGUGGAGGAACCACAACCCUCCUGCAUCUCGCGAAAAUGCGCGGGACUCCAAGCCACCCGGGGAGUGGAGCCCACCGGCUGGAAGGAGAUGCGCUGCCAACUGCGCGCCAAUGGCUACCUGUGCAAGUACCAGUUCGAGGCCCUGUGCCCAGCGCCGCUCCCCGGGGCCGCCUCUAACUUGAGCUUUCGAGCUCCUUUCAGGCUGAGCAGCUCGGCUAUGGACUUCAGUCCUCCUGGGACCGAGGUGAGUGGGAUGUGCUCGGGGGAUCUCUCCGUCUCCGCUACUUGCAUCCGGGAAGAGAGGGGCGCAAGCUGGGAUGGGCUGUUCGGAGGAGUGCUCUGCCCCUGCUCCGGGAGGUACCUGCGUGCUGGCAAAUGCUCCGAGCUCUCUGACUGUCUGGACGACUUGGGAGGCUUUGCCUGCGAAUGUGCUGAGGGCUUUGAGCUAGGGAAAGACGGACGCUCUUGUGAGACCAGAAGGGAAGGACGGCCAGCCCCUGCGGGGACCACCAUGCUGCCAACUAGGAGCGUGUUAGCCACUCCAACUAGCCCUGUGCCUAAGAGAAAGUGGCCACCCCAGAUGCCCGGUGUCACCAGACAAAGAAAUUCUGCGACACCUGUUACCGAGAUUCUUCAGUGGGGAACGCAGAACACACUAUCUACCCUGGAAACGUCCUCAGGAACCAAGCUAAAAGCCACCCUCAGCUCAUCAGGAAGCAUGAUUCCUACACUGAAUUCUACACCUUCCCCUUCCUUUCCCCAGACUUUCAACUCCUCCUCCACUGUGGUCUUUAUACUUGUAAGCAUAGCAGUAAUAGUGUUGGUGAUAUUGACCAUGACAGUCCUGGGGCUUUUCAAACUCUGCUUUCACAAGAACCCGUCCUCCCGGACAAGGAAAGGGGCUUUAGACUCUCGGGGUGUGGAGACUGAUGCUGAGGCCACUGCUUUGCGCCCGAGUUCCCCACAUUGUACAAACAAUGGGGUGAAAGGCAAAGACUGUGGUCUUGGGUCGGGGAACACCUAAAGAAACAACCCCGUGGGCGCACCUUCUGCAAACUUUCUCAAUUACAAAGAGCAGGGAAAAAAGAGAUUUCUGGAAUGAUAGUUUCCACAGAAAUUCUCUUUCCCAUAAAUUCUCUUUGCCCCACUAAGGAAGUAAAUCUGAACAAUACACUUAGACCCAGAAAGUGAAAGAAGGUGCCUUGGGCUGGUGCUGAGGACAAAGUGUUACUGGAAGGAGGCACUGUGGUGUUCUGGGGAGUGACUGAACAUUUGCAGACGUUGGAAGCAAAUGGAUAGCAAUAUAAGUUUUAGAAAGUUUAUUUUCACCAAAAUGAGAAGGAACUGUCUGUAUUGUUUAGGCUAGAAGUAUUGAUUUGAAAGCCUCAGGAAAAAUAAAGGAUUGUUAAUGACUCAGAUUCAAAUGUGUUUGAUUUUCUCAAGGACAAUGAUCUAGGAGUACAAGGUGCAUGAGACGGCCACCGCCGUGGGAUUGCUGGUCCGUGGGAUUGCUGAUCCUCCCUGCUCUUUGGCUGAGGAAGCACUUGCACCCUUAUGACUAGGACCAGAUCUUUCAGAACUAGUAAAGUUCCACUUUGUUCAUUUAUCCUUUGCUUUCAAAGUCACUGUUCUGUGCUCUGCUGUAAAUCCUGAGUGCAAUGUUGCGGAUUUCUGACUCUAGAAGCCAGUUACAGUUGACCACCAAUUCAAGUGUUUACUGUGUGUCCUUGCCCAAGGAGACAGAUGAUUUGUGUCUUCCUCUUCCAAUGUCUGUGCUUUCCAGUGUAAUGACCUUCCUCCCCAAACCACCUUCUAGACAUCACAAAUGCUGACCCUCACUUCCAAUUAUGGGGAUGUUAAUUCUCAAUUAAAACAUUAAUGCUAAAUAUUGAUUUUAAUUCUUCUGGGUACAUUAAAGCAAAGCAAAGCUGGGCUUCUUCCAAAGUGGCUAGAUUCUUGUGCCCUACUUUAUCCAUGAAAAACAACAACAACCUUGAAUUCCAAGCCAUUUCUGCGUCUUCGAAAUAAUGUGUAUAAUGACAGUGUAUGUGCAUCUUGGGAUAGUUAAGUUUAGCAAGGGUUUGCAUAGGCAGAGCCAUGGUAAACAGCUUUUCAUAUAAAAAGAAAUGAUAAAUAAAAAAAACAACUUGUUAUGGCUUGAGGUAUUAGAAAAUAAACAAAAUGACACAUUCUGGUGUAAAAUCAUUAAGGCAUAAGAAAAGUCACCAUCUCAUAGAAUCCAAAGACACUGAAAAGUAUACCACUUAGAUUAAUAUGUUAAGACUUUUCAAGAGAUAUAAAGGUUGGUGUAUGGAAAGAAAUAGGGAAACAAGUUUACUUAGGGAGAAAAUGAAAGUAGAGACAAGCUUGGGCUACAUUUUUCUAGAAUCAGUUUUGAUAUUCUUGGUUGUAUUGUACAUAUAAUGGAGAGUCUACUUAAAAUUAGCAAAUGGUCAAAACAAAAUAAUUUGGAAAAUUAAAAGAGCUUAUUACAUAAAUUCAUGUACUUCAGGGUUAUAAUACCUUUAGGUAUUGUAACCCUGAAGGAAUACAUUCACAGAUAACUUGCUUCAUAUGUUAAAUAUGCUUCCAAAUAUUUUCAGCUAAAUAAAAUCACAAAUGAAUUAGAUUUGACAACAUUGAGGUUACUUCAAAUAUAUUAAUUUCAUAUGUGAAACUAACAGAUAAGUAAA